GGGCAAUCAUGGUGCCGCUGGGGAGGGGAGAAGCUGCUACUGCCGCCGUUGCCGGGAGCCGCGGAGACAGGUCAUUACCUUUUCAUUUCUCACAAUUGGGCUGAACACUAUUGAACCAUGGGAGAACACAGUCCAGACGACAACAUCAUCUACUUUGAGGCAGAGGAAGAUGAGCUGACCCCCGAUGACAAGAUGCUCAGGUUUGUGGAUAAAAAUGGACUGGUGCCUUCCUCAUCUGGAACUGUUUAUGAUAGGACAACUGUUCUUAUUGAGCAAGACCCUGGCACUUUGGAAGAUGAAGAUGAUGAUGGACAGUGCGGAGAACACUUGCCUUUUCUGGUAGGGGGUGAAGAAGGCUUUCACCUAAUAGACCAUGAAGCAAUGUCCCAGGGUUAUGUGCAACACAUUAUCUCACCAGAUCAGAUUCAUUUAACAAUAAACCCUGGUUCCACGCCCAUGCCAAGAAAUAUCGAAGGUGCAACCCUCACUCUGCAGUCGGAAUGUCCAGAAACGAAACGUAAAGAAGUAAAGCGGUACCAGUGCACCUUUGAGGGCUGUCCCCGUACCUACAGCACAGCAGGCAACCUGCGUACCCACCAGAAGACUCACCGAGGAGAGUACACCUUUGUCUGUAAUCAAGAGGGCUGCGGAAAGGCCUUCCUCACCUCCUACAGCCUCAGGAUCCAUGUGCGCGUGCACACGAAGGAGAAGCCAUUUGAGUGCGAUGUUCAGGGCUGUGAGAAGGCGUUCAAUACACUGUACAGGCUGAAAGCACAUCAGAGGCUUCACACAGGGAAAACGUUUAACUGUGAAUCUGAAGGCUGCAGCAAAUACUUCACCACACUCAGUGAUCUGAGGAAGCACAUUCGAACCCAUACAGGAGAAAAGCCAUUUCGGUGUGAUCAUGAUGGUUGUGGAAAAGCAUUUGCAGCAAGCCACCACCUUAAAACUCAUGUCCGUACACAUACUGGUGAAAGGCCCUUUUUCUGCCCCAGUAAUGGCUGUGAGAAAACAUUCAGCACUCAAUACAGUCUCAAAAGUCAUAUGAAAGGUCAUGAUAACAAAGGACACUCAUACAAUGCACUUCCAAAUCACAAUGGAUCAGAGACACAGGGCCAGGACCUCAGCACAAUUUCACCAGCAAUCAUCUUUGAAUCAAUGUUCCAGAAUUCAGAUGAUACAGCAAUUCAGGAAGAUCCUCAACAGACAGCUGCCUUGAUUGAAAGUUUUAAUGGUGAUGCAGAGGCAGUCAGUGAUGUUCCACCAUCCACAGGAAAUUCAGCAUCUUUAUCUCUUCCACUUGUACUGCAGCCUGGCAUCUCCGAGCCACCCCAGCCUCUACUACCAGCCUCAGCGUCAUCUGCACCUCCUCCUGCUCCCUCUCUAGGAACUGGUUCCCAACAAGCUGCAUUUGGCAACCCCCCUGCUCUCUUACAACCUCCAGAAGUGCCUGUUCCCCACAGCACACAGUUUGCUGCUAAUCAUCAAGAGUUUCUUCCGCACCCCCAGGCACCGCAGCCCAUUGUACCAGGACUUUCUGUUGUUGCUGGGGCUUCUACGGCAGCGGCAGCAGCAACGGUCAUGGCAGCACCACCCCCACCACAAAGUACUACUGAGCCUCUGCCAGCCAUGGUCCAGACUCUGCCCCUGGGUGCCAACUCUGUCCUGACUAAUAAUCCUACUAUAACCAUCACCCCAACUCCCAGCACGGCUAUUCUGCAGUCCAGCCUAGUCAUGGGAGAACAGAACUUACAAUGGAUAUUAAAUGGUGCCACCAGUUCACCGCAAAACCAAGAACAAAUUCAGCAAGCGUCUAAAGUUGAGAAUGUGUUUUUUACUACUGCAGUACCAGUAGCCAGUAGCACAGGGAGCUCUGUACAGCAGAUUGGCCUCAGUGUUCCUGUGAUCAUCAUCAAACAAGAGGAAGCAUGUCAGUGUCAGUGUGCAUGCCGGGACUCUGCAAAGGAGCGGGCAGCCAGCAGGAGAAAGGGCUGUUCUUCCCCUCCCCCUCCAGAGCCAAGCCCCCAGCCUCCUGAUGGGCCCAGCCUGCAGCUACCACCACAGACUUUUUCCUCACCCCUUGCCCCCCUGCCGUCCUCUUCCACUCUACCCUCUUCCUGCGAGCAAAACAGACAAGCGGAGAUUCCUUCAGACCCCCAAACUGAAACAUUAAGUGCCAUGGAUGUGUCAGAGUUUCUGUCCCUCCAGAACCUGGACACCCCAUCCAAUCUGAUUCCCAUUGAAGCACUACUGCAGGGAGAAGAGGAGAUGGGUCUGACCAGCAGCUUCUCCAAGUGAAGGGUCCGUAUGUGCUCACCUCCAGGAAGAGGGUGAGCAGAAGGCAUAAGGUUCAAGUGAUGCCUACCACCUUGGGUCAGAAAUUUGAAAAAUGAAGAGAUCUACUGUUUUGAAAUCCUCGCCUUUCAGAUGUAUUUUCUUCAUUCACAUCCCAGGAGCAUCCAUUUUAAGCAACUGAUCUUUGGAAAGGAAAAAAAAAAAAAAAAAAAGCUAAGUUAUAAAUGAACUAUUUGGCUGCACUGUA